CAAAACCUUUUAAGUUUUUUUAAUGCAAACUUAAACGCCUGGGACGUUUUAUUUUUUUGUUUUUUGUUAUGUGAUUUGUGAUUUUACAAAACUUAACGAAAAAAUAAAUAUUCAACUACCCGGAUUUAAUCACGGAUUUUAUUUAACCCGAAAAAAACGUAACAAAGUGUAUCAACCUGGUAUUGUGAAUUGCCGCCGUACAAAAUGAGUGCCAUCGACAGUGGAAAAUAUCGCCUGAAAAAAGAUUGGGCCAGUGUCUCGAUACCAUCAUUGGUCGAUAUCGACGAACAUGCUGACGACGAAACCGAAAGUGGAAUAAAUAUCACCGAACCAUCAUUGCCACCACAAAAGCCGCCCAGACGGAGUUCAUUGGCAUUGGGUUUGUUUUCCAGUAAAUCGGAUAAAAGUCAGAAGAGACGUAGCUCCAUUGCGGUUUCUUUCUUUCGACGUGAUAGUAAUAAGCAUUCAUCCAAAGAUUCCUAUGAAUCGGCCGUAAAACAUGAAAAAAGUGAUGGCUCAAACACACCCAUAUCACCUGACAUUGUUUACAGCUCGGAAGAGAACAUUCGUGCCUCGUCGCCAAAUGAACCCGGUAAGGUAACAUAUUUUGAUGAUGGCACCAAUGUUCGCACAGCUGUCAAGGGUAUUGGCAUCACCAGCAGUCCAUAUGAUACGCCCAUCGACAGAGAGCGUAAUCGUCGCCGACGUACAUCGCUACAAACAAAAUUAGAUAGACGUCGUCGCAAGAAUUUCGAAGUCAGCUUUUCCACACUCGAACAGAGUACGGGAAUCGGUUCACAAAGUGAUUUGACCAAUGAUAGUACCACAGGCAUCGGCUCGUCCACAGGCGAUAUGAGCUAUGAUGAAGUCGAUCCCAAUCAUUCGGCCUAUUUUCCAAGGCAAAAACGCCAUUCAUGGUGGAAUAUUUUCGUACCAGAGAACAUUAAAAACAGGUCACGUAGGGCUAGUCAAGAUGUAUCGCUUAUGUCACGCAGUUUUGACAAUUUAUCAAUUCCAGUACGCCGGAGUAAAUCACGCAGUGUUGAUCACGGCCUUGCGGCGCCAUUCGAUUUAGAUUCGUUGCGUUCAAAAGUGGAAGGGCGCUUCGAAAGUGUUGACAGAUUAUCAAAUGAACGCAAAAAAUCUUCACUACCCACUAUACCCACCAUCAACUAUACGGUGGGCAAUCGUGACACCUUGACAUCGGUUGCAGCCCGUUUCGAUACGACCCCAUCGGAGUUGACACAUUUGAAUCGUUUAAACAGUUCGUUCAUCUAUCCGGGUCAACAGCUGUUGGUUCCCGACAAGAGUGCCAAGGAUAAUGUAUCGACCAGUUCAACAGACGAUAAAGCAGGAGGUUCAAGUGCAUCCGGCAAAUCGAGUCCAGUUGAUCGUAAAUUAUCUGUCGAAGAACAAAAUGCUGAUGAUAUUUUGGAUAGUUUACGUCCUGGUUCACCAAAGCCGGGCCAUAUUGAACGCGUCGAUCCAGCAGGUCGUGCAGAUGGCGGUAAUGAUCCGGUCAUUACACAACGUUUCCUUAAAAUCAAUGUACGUCACAUCACCGAUGGCCAGGGUGUUGUGGGCGGAGUUCUAUUGGUAACACCAAAUGCUGUUAUGUUCGAUCCCAAUGUCUCCGAUCCAUUGGUCAUCGAGCAUGGUCCAGAAAGUUACGGUGUUAUAGCACCAAUGGAAUUGUGCGUAAAUGCUGCCAUAUUUCAUGAUAUUGCUCAUAUGCGGGUAUCGGGUGGAGUCACAGUUGACUCCGAUGCAACAGAAAAACCUGAAAUUUAUUAUCCCAAAUCAGUAUUAGAUGCCCAAAAGGCCAAAGAAGGUGGAGAAGAAGGUGCAGAUGCCGUAGACGGCAAGAAAUCGUCGGAGGAUGAUAAUGAAAAAGACAAAGAGGAACAGCAACAAGAAAAAGUUAAAACUGAUGACCAAGAAUCCAUUUGUUCGGAGGUAGUAGAUGUUGUCAACAGUAAUUUUGGUCAAUUUAAAAAUGAUUUGUUUUAUUUGCAGAAGCAUGAUGAAAAAUCUACGGAAGCCAAAGAAAGUUCGAAGACUGAUGGUGAUGGUGCCAGCACUGGUACCAACGAGACCGAGGAUGAUGAAGCCAAAAAAAAUCUCAACGUAAGCGAUUCUCGUAGCACCUUAGAAGAGAGGCGUAAAAGUCUAUUGGAUCAUCACUGGGCAAUACCCAGUAAAGAUAGAUUAUGUUUAUCUAAUUCCCGAAGAUCGUCGGAAGAUGAGGGUGACAAUGAAUCGAAUACGACGGCUGACAGUGGCGCUCGUGGUCAGGAACCACACUCGGCCACAUCAUCGAUCAGCGGUAUCAUGGCCAAUUUAGCCGGUGGCGUAGUAAAUCCCGCCGAUUUGGAACAAUUGGAACAGCUGUCGAAGCAAUCGUGCUAUGACUCUGGCAUCGAUAUACGUGAUCCCAUACCAAAUGUUCAACCCAUACCAAAGAAAACAGUAUAUAGUGAUGCCGAUAUUGUAUUAAGUUCUGACUGGGUACCACCAAAGCCAAUAUCAUCGAUUACGCCACUUGGUGAAUCGCCACCACGUACAAGUGGCUUAGAUGCCGGUGCAGUAGCUGGGGCCCGCAAAAAGACAUCGAGCGUUAGCUUCAGUGUGGAUGAUAACAAUGAGAAUCAAGCGGCGGCGACGGCGGCCCAGGCUCAAAAUCAAGCAGAUAAGAAUGCAGCCGAAAAGAAAAAUAAGAUGUUGAAACGUUUGUCUUAUCCCUUGACAUGGGUUGAAGGUCUUACUGGUGAUGGUGCUGCUCCAACUUCUGGUGGCAGUGUGGGCAAAUCACAAGACACUGAGUCGGCUCCCAACACUGGAGACUCAAAUCAAAGUGUAUUCUCAAAAGUAUUCUCAAGUUCGCCCAUUACUUUGGUCUCAGAGUUGGGUGGCAAUUUAUUUUCCAAAACACCGUCCGAAGAUUCGAGUGGCUCUCCGGUGCCACCACUGACACCACAUUCUACUCAUUCUGAGGGUCAUUAUUCGACUGGACGUUCCUCAAUUGGCACCUUCAUACGUCCACUAUCUUCGGAGGGCACUUCAUCUACUACAAAAUUAAAGGAUACCAAACCACAGCCUAAAUUGGAUUAUCGUUCUAUGGUUUCAGUAGAUGACAAACCAGGUCUUUUUGUCAGUGUUGACAAACUUAUACCAAGACCAGCUCGUGCUUGCCCAGACCCACCAUUGUAUUUGCGCUUGCGCAUGGGCAAACCGAUAGGUAAAGCCAUACCAUUGCCAACAUCGGUAAUGUCGUAUGGCAAAAAUAAAUUACGACCAGAAUAUUGGUUUAGUGUACCUAAAAAUCGUGUUGACGAACUAUACCGUUUCAUAAAUACCUGGGUUUCACAUCUUUAUGGUGAAUUGGAUGAGGAACAAAUUAAAGCCCGUGGCUUUGAAUUAAUACAAGACGACACCGAAUGGACACAAAGUGGCACCACAAAGUCCGGAACACGUACCGGCAGUCAGGAGGGUGAAGAAAUGAGCGAUCUUACCCGCGAAUCAUGGGAGCUAAUUAAGGCUCCAUUUGCCAAGACCUACAACAUUAUUAAAACGGCAUCACAUGCCGCAUCUGCUGAUUUGGAUUUAUUGAGCGGCGAGGUGCUGUCUAUGAGCAAUGAUGAUUAUCGCAAAUCAUCAAUAUUCCAAACAGGAUCGUUUGAUUUAGAUUUUCCAAUACCAGAUCUGAUUGGAACAACAGAAAUCCUAACAGAAGAGCAUCGUGAAAAACUAUGUGGACAUUUACCCGCACGCGCUGAAGGUUACUCUUGGUCAUUGGCCUUUAGCACAUCUCAACAUGGAUUCUCAUUAAAUUCAUUAUAUCGUAAAAUGCAGAGACUCGAAAGCCCCAUACUGAUAGUUAUAGAAGACACAGAACACAACGUGUUUGGAGCUUUAACGUCAUGUUCCCUGCAUGUAUCAGAUCACUUCUAUGGUACCGGCGAAUCACUUUUGUAUAAAUUCAAUCCCAGCUUUAAAGUAUUCCAUUGGACGGGUGAAAAUUUAUACUUCAUCAAAGGCAAUGUUGAAAGUUUGUCAAUUGGUGCUGGCGAUGGUCGUUUUGGUCUGUGGCUUGAUGGUGAUUUAAAUCAAGGUCGUUCUCAAUCCUGCAGUACAUAUGGCAAUGAACCAUUGGCGCCUCAAGAAGAUUUUGUUAUAAAAACACUCGAAUGCUGGGCAUUUGUUUAAGCAACUAAUACAAAUAACAUGAAACAACAACAACAACAAUAACACUAUUAUUAACAACAUUAUCUUCAAAGAACCUAUAAAGGAAUUUCAUUGUCUUUUUUGUGUAUCUUUGUAAAUGUGAAACAAAAAGCGGUGAUGAUAAUGCUGCUGGGUACACAUGGUCAUCAUCUGUUAAACACAGCAACAACAACAACCACCAACUUUAAAAGAUUUAAAGAAACCCAACAACAGCAACAAAACUACAUCAUUAGAUAUCUUUUAGCUAAAACUAUUCAACUGCAACUAAAAGCAAAAAACAGCAGCAGCAACAACAGAGUUUACACUGUCAACACUUUCAUACAUCCAAAACAAGACAAAAAGGUGAAGAAAAACUAAAACACAGAAGGAGUAAAACGAAGAAAGUAAUCCCCUUCCCCCCAUUAAUAAAUUAUUGAAUUGAAACAAAUCUAAACUAAACUAAUAACAAGGAAAACAAAAGCAAAAGAUAAAAUUAAUUUAUAUUAAAAAAAAAAACAUAAAACAAA